AUGGCUGAUGUAAAACUGAAGCCGAAUUUUGAUGAAACGCCGGACGUUAAUAUUGAUGCUCCCAUACGAAUGAAAAAGACUAUUGGACUGGUGAACAGCAUCACCAUAAUCAUUGGUUCUAUGGUCGGUUCUGGUAUUUUUGUUAGCCCUACUGGCAUAGUGGAAAAUGUACACAGCUUUGGUGCCAGCAUCGUCAUAUGGAUUGCUUGUGGUCUGUUUUCUAUGCUCGGUGCAUAUUGCUAUGCUGAACUGGGGACACUGAUACAUCGUUCUGGUGGGGAUUACGCCUAUCAUUUGGAUGCUUUUGGACCAUUCAUGGGAUUUAUGCGAUUAUGGAUUGAAGUCAUGGUUGCAAGGCCUGCUACAAUGGCCGUCAUUGGAAUGACUUUCGCGAAGUACAUUUUGCAGCCUGUGUUUCCCGAUUGCGAACAACCUGAAACGGUUUUACGCUGUCUAUCUGCCGUUUGUUUAUUAAUACUGGCAUUCAUCAACGCCUACUCUGUUCGUUUAUCCACACGCGUUCAGGACCUCUUCACAUAUGCCAAAAUGUUCGCCCUGCUUCUCAUAAUUGUCACUGGCUUUGUUCGAAUUGGAAUGGCUUGUUCCUUACGUUUUAUGUCUCAUAUUCGUUUCCAGGCUCCUCUUGCGUUUGCUAUCAUCUACGUUGCUGUCACACUGUUUUUGGUUAUCUUCACCUUUGUUGGUGCGCCCAAAGAAUCACUGAUGGGCGUCUUGAUCAUGCUGACAGCCAUUCCAUUCUACAUCUUCGGCUGUGUUUGGAAGAAAAAACCGAAAUCGUUUGAACGCGCUCUCCUUCGCCUAACCAUCGGAACACAAAAGCUCAUCCGACUGGUUCCUGGAAGUUGAUUAUUUGUCAGUCGCUAUUUUCCCAUGGCCCAUUCUUUCCAUCGGAUCGACGGAAUGCUUUAUACCACAAUCUAUUUGCAUACUUGCAGCGCCAACACUGUUUUAUACUAUCUUUUCUGUCGUGAAUCAUGUACGACGCCCAAUCUGCAUUCAUUUCCAUUCUCACUAGCCCCUUUUCUUAUAUCUUCCCAUCAACAUCGCUGUUCUAGUCACAUAAUUACGCGGUCACUUUGAAUUCUUGGAAUACAUGCUUACUUAUUACCAUGAGAAUGUCCUAUCCAUCCUUCCCGGAAUUGUUUGAAGCAUAGUUCCUGCUAUCAGCGCCAUUGCUACUGCUACUACAAGCACUGUGAACUG